AUGAAUCGUGGUUUUCUUGGUAACAAAGAUAAAAGUUUCAAUUUUGAUUGUUCUACCUGUAAGUUGGGGAAGAGUAAAGUUUUACCUUUUCCUACAUCUGGUAGUCAUGCUACUACAUGUUUUGAGAUUAUACAUUCUGAUGUUUGGGUUCUAUAUUUGUUUUAUACCCUUCAAAUUCCUUGCAGAUUUACCUCAGAUGUUAAGAUCAAAAGCAUUUCUAUUGUUGGUGGUGCUGAUGGAACAAGUCCCUCAAAAAUGAGAGCGUUCAUUAAUCGAGAAGGUAUUGACUUUUCAGAUGCCCAAGGCAUGCAACCUGUUCAGGAGUGGGAUUUAGCUGAAAAUUUGCAAGGCAUAUUAGAGUACCAAACCAGGUAUUCGAGAUUCCAAAGCGUGGGCAGUUUGACUUUGCAUUUCCCUGAAAAUUUUGAUGCUGAUACAACUCAGAUACACUACAUUGGGUUAAAGGGUGAAGCAACACAGUUAAAGAGGGAUGUUAUUGCAACUAUUGUUUACGAGGUUAUGCCCAAUCCAUCUGAUCACAAGACUAAGGCUGAAAAUGGAGGUGGUCUAUCGAGCGUCUGAUCAUUAAGCAACUAGUAGUCUCGUCAAUAGUUGUACAUAGAGACGGGGCUUCUUUCUUGUACUUUAUAAUAACACUCAUGUGGAUACUUCAGUCUGGUUCUUAGGAAUUUAAUGCUUCCAAUGCUUCUGGUUACACAACAAGAAUUGUUAUUAAUCAUACAGUAAUAUCAGUGAGAGACAAUUUGCCAAGACAUUUUUGGACCGAAA